CCUCCCGCGGCAAGAUGGCGGCGCCCUUAGCGCGGCAGCUGGAGGAGCUGCUCAACCCCCGGCCCAGCUUCCGCGACCCCGAGGACGACGCGGAGGAAGCUACAGUUGCUAAAGUGAUUGACAAAUUUGAGGAUGAAACUGCAGAUGACAUUUUCCCUGUUGGUAAUAUAAGAAAAAAAGCUUCAGCCUCUCUCUUGGAAGCUGAUAAAAGGUACAGUGGGAAGGCGACAUCUCGCAAAGCUUUGCAAGAAGAACUCUGGGGAGAUGCUCUGGCUGAGGAAGGAUCUGCUGAAGAAGAAUUAGAUGAAUGGUACAGCGGCAGUGAAGAUUCAGAAGAGGAUGGGAGCUUAGGCAGUGAAACAAAGGAGAAGCCCAGCAGUGCUGGCAGUGACCAGGAGGAUGGCUUGGAAGACAAUGAGGAGACAGAUCCGUCUGUCAAGGCCAAGGCACCAGAGUUCAGUUUCCAGAAUAUCACAGACUUUGAGAAAUUUACAGAGGGGAUGGAUGAUGGAGGAAGCACUGAGGGGGAAGAUGAAGAUGAUGCCAGCAUGGAAGAAGGAAGUGAGGAGGAGGAGGAGGAAUAUGGGAGUGAAACCCACGACAAUAUAAAGGAAACCAAAGACAUUGAAGAUGAUGGGGGGGUGAUGACAUUCUCAAAAGGACAAGAGGCUGAAGAAGUAGAAAAAGGAAAAGCUGUGAAGAACCAGCUAGCAUUGUGGGAUCAACUAUUGGAAGGGAGAAUCAAGAUGCAGAAGGCGCUUGUAACAGUCAACCGACUCCCACAGCCAGAUGCUUACCCAGCCUUCAGAAAGGAAGGGGGACAAGAAUUUGACAACGCUGUCGAGAACUGUUGUAAAGCCCUGGAGACAUUGCUGAAAGUAUUAGUGGACCUUCAGGAUGAGCUGCUUUAUCAAUACCCGGGCACAAGGCAUCUGGUAGAUGGAAAGCAAUCAAAAACUGAGAGUGAUGAUGAAAUCCCCAGCAGUAGCGAUGAAGAGCAAGUGGAUAAGGCACAGGAGAAGAGGAGGAGCCUCCCCAAACGAAAGCUAAAGAUGGAGGACUACCCAGAAUUCAUCGCCAAGCGGUACGCUGACUUCAGGCCGUAUCGGAACAACGUCUUGCAGAAGUGGCACGACAAGAUAAAGCUGGCAUCUGGCAAAAUGGGCAAGGGUUUCAGUGCCUUUGAGCGUUCAAUCUUGACUCAGAUUGAUCAUAUUAUGAUGGACAAAGAGAGAUUACUACGGAGGACACAGACCAAGCGAUCAGUGUAUACAGUGCUGGGAAAGCAGGAACAGGAAUCUCAUCCGGCCCCUGAAUCUUUGCCUGAAAAUUCGGAAGUCCUCCCUCAGUCAGAUUCCAACAGGCACCUGAAGGACAUAGAUGAGGAGAUAUUUGAUGAUGAUGACUUUUAUCACCAGCUCCUUCGAGAACUUAUAGAACGUAAAACCACUUCACUGGACCCCAAUGACCAGGUGGCAAUGGGCAGGCAAUGGCUGGCCAUCCAGAAGUUACGAAGCAAAAUAAAGAAGAAAGUGGACAGAAAAGCCAGUAAAGGAAGGAGAAUCCGGUAUCAUGUCCACAGCAAGCUGGUGAGCUUCAUGGCACCUAUUGACCACUGUACAAUGAAUGAUGAUGCCAGGACUGAGCUUUAUCGUUCGCUGUUUGGAAAGCUCACGACUCCCGAAGAACCGGAGCAGAAUUAGUGCCGGGCCCUGGCGCCAGGCUCCACCGCCCCGCAGCACCCCCAGCAAGGGCCCUCCACCUCCGGUUUGUUCCCCACAACCUGGCGGAAGGAACGUUCAGUACGGUUGCUGCUAAAUCCCAGGGGCUCAGAAAGAAGAGUGGGGGGUAGGCACGUGGCUGGGCUAAACGCCCUCCUCUCUAGCUUUGAAACGAACUCUGCUUCCUCCCAAAGCCAAUCCAUUCUUAACUAGUCUCUUUAAAUUCCUGACCUUGAUUUUGCAGCCUGCUCAGCAGUGUUCUGCUGGGGGCAGGGACGUGCGCUUCAGAGCAGCCGGGCCCAGCAAACCCCCCUGCAAUCGGGUCACCCACGUUUGUGUUAAAUCCUCGGGGAUUUUCAUUUGGGGGGUUGGAGGGGGGGGUGUUCAAGCGUGCUGCUCUGGUCGUUGGCGGGCCGCAUAUCUGGAACGUGUGACUUUAUUUUUCACUGAGUCAAGAGGAUUUAAAUGUCAUUUACAUAAUUAACAUGGCCUUAAAACAGAGAGAAGGUGCUCUCCCUUGCAGACAGCCAGAGCUCCCAGUUCACGCUCCCGUUCCUGAGCGAGCGCUCGCUGCACACAGGGACAUUUGCUGGCUGGUGAUGAGCACAGCGCGGGCCACGUCUGGGGAUAUUUCUGCAAUUAGAACAUAUUGGUGAAUUUUUCAGUCCAGCAUUGAUCCUGUACACUUAAUUAUUUCUGCUGAUCAUGACUCUGAGCCAUCCUGUCUUCACCGUCACCGCGACACACUGCUGAAGGAUGCCAGCACGAAUGUGAAACUGGCCAGAGGAGAUGACUCACUUGAGGGGUUUUGUGGGGUUUUUAUAUCCAAAGGUCAGAAGCCGGAAAUUAAAUCCCCAUAAGGGGAAUUUGCUCGCCUGCUGUGAUCAAUCUGAGAUGGAGGUUAUCUUGCGUAAAUAAUAUGUGCAUAUAGAUGUGAGUAAGGUGGCCAUUGCUUGUGACCACAUGAACUGCACUGUCUUUGUUUUGCGCGAUCUAAUUAAAACGCUUUGUAAACUGA